GGACCUUCUCCUCCAGACCGGGCGGUGGACUCCACGCGCCGCCAAAAAUUCCCCGCCACUCUUUUUUCCCGCCUUAGCCACCCUUAUUAAGCUCCCGCGUAUAAGCUUCGAGUCACUCUCUCUCUCUCUCUCCACAGUCACCGCGCACACACUCCGCUCGGAGCUCUCCGUCCGAACCUAAAGCAAGCGGCUCCCUCAGCCUCCGCCUUGGAGAGAAAUGGACGACACUUUCGGGGAACAGAACAAGCUUCCCGAGUUCAAGCUAGAUAGUAAGCAAGCUCAAGGGUUCCUGUCCUUCUUCAAAACCCUACCCAAUGACUCGAGGGCUGUUCGGUUCUUUGACCGCAGGGACUAUUAUACAGCACAUGGGGAAAAUGCAACUUUCAUUGCAAAGACAUACUACCACACUACUACGGCCUUGCGACAAUUGGGGAGUGGAGCUGAUGCUCUUUCCAGUGUCAGUGUCAGUAAAAACAUGUUCGAAACAAUUGCUCGUGACGUCCUUCUGGAGAGAACAGACCACACCCUCGAGCUAUAUGAAGGCAAUGGUUCAAAUUGGAGACUUGUGAGGACUGGGAGUCCUGGAAAUCUCGGAAAUUUUGAAGAUGUUUUGUUUGCCAACCAUGAGAUGCAGGAGGCCCCAGCGGUCGUCGCAGUAAUACUAAAUUUUCGUGAUGCUGGGUAUACUGUUGGGUUGAGUUACGUUGAUCUGACCAACAGAAUACUUGGACUUGCUGAAUUCAUUGAUGAUAGCCACUUCACGAACUUAGAGUCAGCUUUAGUCGCACUUGGGUGUAAAGAAUGCCUUUUGCCAGCUGAGGGCAGCAAAAGUGGUGAGAGCAGGACUCUAUAUGAUGCUCUUGGUAGAUGUGGUGUGAUGGUGACUGAGCGAAAGAAGGCCGAAUUUAAGACAAGGGAUUUGGUGGAAGAUUUAAGUAGGCUUGUGAAAGGUGCGACACAACCUAUUAGAGACCUGCUUUCAGGAUUUGAGUUAUCUCCUGGUGCUUUGGGGGCAUUAUUGUCCUACGCGGAACUGCUUGCAGAUGAGACUAACUAUGGGAAUUACACAAUCCGAAAGUAUAGCCUCGACAGCUACAUGCGGUUGGAUUCUGCUGCAAUGAGAGCACUUAAUGUCCUGGAAAGCAAAACCGAUGCAAAUAAAAACUUCAGUUUGUUUGGUCUAAUGAAUAGAACCUGCACUGCUGGAAUGGGACGAAGAUUGUUGCACAAGUGGCUGAAACAGCCUCUACUAGAUGUAAAUGAGAUAAACAUGAGGCUAGAUUUGGUGCAAGCAUUUGUGGAGGACACAGCACUUCGACAAGAUUUAAGGCAACAUCUUAAGAGGAUCUCGGAUAUUGAGAGACUUACUCAUAAUCUUGAGAGGAAGCGAGCAGGUUUACAGCAUGUUGUGAAACUUUAUCAGUCCAGCAUAAGACUUCCUUAUAUCAAAAAUGCCCUGCAGAACUAUGAAGGGCAAUUCUCCACAUUGAUCAAGGAAAAGUACUUAGAUGAACUUGAAAUCUUGAUUGACGAUGAUAAGUUGGGUAAAUUUAUCACCCUUGUAGAAACUGCUGUUGACCUCGAUCAACUUGAAAAUGGAGAGUUUAUGAUUUCACCUGCUUAUGAUUCUGCACUAUGUGCUCUAAAGGAUGAACAAGAGUUGCUUGAACAACAGAUUCGCAAUUUGCACAAACAGACCGCUAAUGAUCUUGAUCUGCCCAUGGAUAAAGCACUGAAGUUAGACAAAGGCACACAGUUUGGACAUGUGUUCAGAAUUACAAAGAAGGAAGAGCCAAAGAUAAGGAAGAAGCUCUCCACCCAAUUUAUCGUCUUAGAGACUCGAAAGGAUGGAGUCAAAUUUACCAACACCAAGCUUAAAAAAUUGGGGGACCAGUACCAAAAGAUCCUUGAAGAGUACAAAACUCGUCAGAGACACUUGGUUAAUAAAGUAGUGGAGACGUCUGCUUCCUUUGCAGUGGUCUUCGAAUCAUUAGCUGCAUUGCUUGCUCAAUUGGACGUCCUCCUCAGUUUUGCUGACCUGGCGACUAGUUGUCCUGCUUCAUAUACAAGACCAGACAUCACUCCUUUUGAUGUGGGAGAUAUUAUCUUAGAAGGUAGCAGACAUCCAUGUGUGGAGGCUCAAGAUUGGGUUAACUUUAUACCUAAUGAUUGUAAGCUGGUCAGGGGAAAGAGUUGGUUCCAGAUCAUCACAGGACCAAACAUGGGUGGCAAAUCCACAUUUAUUCGACAGGUUGGGGUGAAUAUACUCAUGGCUCAAGUUGGCUGUUUUGUUCCCUGUGACAAGGCUAGCAUUUCUGUUAGAGACUGCAUUUUCGCACGUGUCGGUGCAGGAGAUUGCCAGCUGCGCGGUGUCUCAACUUUUAUGCAAGAGAUGCUUGAGACUGCAUCAAUUCUCAAAGGAGCGACUGAUAAAUCAUUGAUAAUCAUUGAUGAGCUGGGCCGCGGAACUUCAACCUACGAUGGUUUUGGUUUAGCGUGGGCAAUAUGUGAACAUCUUGUUGAAGUGAUUAAAGCACCCACUCUUUUUGCUACUCAUUUCCACGAGCUGACUGCAUUAGCUCAUGAGAAUGUGGAUCAAAUUGGUGGAAAGCAGUUUGCAGGCAUAGCAAAUUAUCACGUCAGUGCUCAUAUUGAUGCUUCAAGUCGCAAGCUCACCAUGCUUUACAAGGUUGAGCCAGGUGCUUGCGACCAAAGUUUUGGAAUUCAUGUAGCAGAGUUUGCAAACUUUCCAGAGAGUGUCGUUGCUCUCGCAAGAGAAAAAGCUGCUGAGCUAGAGGAUUUCUCACCUGCAGAAAUCUUGACCUACGAAGCUGGAGAAAAGGAGGGAUCUAAGAGGAAGAGGGAGUAUGACCCUGAUGACAUGUCGAGAGGUGCCACACGAGCUCGCCAAUUCCUCAAGGCAUUUGCCGACUUGCCAUUGGAAUCAAUGGACGUGCAGGAAGCUCUCCAUUGCGUGAGCGAGUUAAAAGAUGGCUUGGAGAAAGACGCAGUUAAUUCUAAAUGGCUCCAACAGUUCCUUUAGGCAUGCUUGGACCUUCGCACGGAGGCUGCUUGGUUUUCCUUUUUGGCAGGCACAAACAUCUCCUUUUAGCAAUGGAUGGCAAUUUUGUAGAAAGGGUCAGAGCCAUACUGUUCCUUGUCUAUGGAGGUCGUGGAUGUAAAAUCGGAGUCUGGUCGGGGCUAACCGUUGUUUUCCCCUCUUGAUGGGCCGCUGGAUAGAAGAAAUUAGCUGGAUGUGCAUCUUUCUUACCCAUGGAGGGAAAUGUGUAAGUUAAUAUUCUUGUAUAGUUGGAUACACCAGUUUCUCAAGGGCGUUCUUUGGUCCCUUUUGGACAAAAUUUCGUGUUAUUCCGGGAAGGAAGUCGCGUGGCGUCAUAUUGAAUCGAACAGGAUUGCCCUCGUAACCACGAGGGAUUGAGAUCUUCUACCAUUGAACUCUAAACCGAGCGGAUCCUGCUGGGAGGAUGCAACAUAUCUGUGUAGAUAUUAUAUUUGAUUACUUAA